AGAGAGAGAGAGAGAGAUAAUCAAAAUUCAUGCUUCUAGAUUUUGUUGAUACCUGAAUAAAUUCUGAAGCAGUUUUAGAUUAAUGUGAUCUGUGCAGAAGUGAUGAUGAAAUUAGAGGCUCUGCCGAAAGGUUUCAGAUUCCGGCCGACGGAUGAAGAGCUCGUCAACCAUUAUUUGAGGCUUAAAAUCAACGGCAACCAUUCCGCCGUUGAAGUUAUCCCGGAGGUUGAUGUCUGUAAAUGGGAGCCCUGGGAUCUUCCUUCAAUGUCAGUGAUAAAGUCGGAUGAUCCAGAGUGGUUCUUUUUCUGCCCGAGAGAUAGAAAAUAUCCGAAUGGGCAUCGUUGUAAUAGGGCCACUGAAGCUGGUUAUUGGAAAGCCACUGGAAAAGAUCGCACUAUUAAAUCUCGCAGACUAUCUCCCUCUCGUCGAACAAAUAUCCAUUUAAUCGGAACAAAGAAGACUCUAGUUUUCUACAGGGGCCGUGCUCCUAAGGGUGAACGUACUAAUUGGAUCAUGCAUGAGUAUCGUGCCACUGAACCAGAUCUCGACGGCUUAGGCCCUGGACAGGGAGACUAUGUACUUUGUCGUUUGUUUCACAAGGCAGAGAUAGAUAAUUCAAAAUUUGAUGAAGCUGAACCUACUGGAUCUUCUCCAUCUGCUAACAAAUCAUCUCCCGAUAAUGAAUCAUCCGACUUAUUUCAAGAAUCUUCACUCGUUGAAACUUUCAAGGAAAACGAGGAUGUGAAAAAGCAGCAGGCAGAUGAGGCAGACUACAUGCCUCCUAAUAAUAUCCUUUUGCCUGUUCAAAUAUGUGAAAUUAAUGGACCUAUGGAGGUGUGUGCUCCGUUAAAAGAAAUUCCAAUGUCGGAAGAAGCAACAUGCAAUAAAUUUAACGAUGGGGUGUUGUCUCACAAUUUCAAUGAUGUGGGUUCUCCCUUUGCUGAUGAUUUCGGAAAUGGAUUCCAUUUUCAAGACGGCACAUCUGAACAGGAUGUUUCACUGUCGGAGCUUUUGGAAGGCCUUCAACACCAUGACAACUACUUUUCUGAAGAGUCAACUGCUCACAUCAAAAGUCAAAGUCCAACUACAAUCUGUAACGUGAAUAUUUGUAAAGAUCGUGAGACGGAUACAGAUAUGAUUCAACCACAGUGUGAGAUAUCUCCGAAUUCCUUUCAAUUUGCGGUAUCUAAUAUCAAUUCCCUUCCUCCACACUAUGGUGUUGGAAAAGAUGAUUUAUCAUAUGCAAUGAAAGAUAGUAGUAGUGGUCCGACUAGUGGAACUGGAAUCAAGAUUCGAUCGCGUCAGCCAAAAAGUCGGUCAACUUUGGUCAACUCUACAAACCAGGGAACUACUUCGAGGAGAAUCCGUCUAGUGAUGGAAUGCAGGCCGAACUCUGCAACUUGUGAAAAUUCCGAUGAGGCCGACAUCACAAAGCAAGAACCGCAAUCACUUGUUACCAUGGUGACGGAAGGUAGAAUUGUGGACGAGAAUAAGGAGAUUGGUCAAACGAGAAGAGAAGAAUCGCGGGCGGUUGAAAAUGGUAAUACGAAGAAGCUAUUUAUGAUGAUGUCAGGUCAUUCGAAAGUGUACUCUGUCAGCGUUUACGUAGUUAUAAUUCUGUCAGUAGUUUUCCUUGGGCUUUGGAGAUGUCCCAAUUUGCAUGCUUGAUGUUAUAACGCCGCUAGUUGUCAUCUUUACCGUUAUUAUUGUUUAGUAAUCGAACAAUGUUGUAUUGUAGUUAAGUGCCUAAUGUAUUAGUUGUGCAGGAAGAAUCUAACUUGUCAUUAUAGAAUCCGUAGAUUUUUUGAAGUAAUGCAGUUUGCAUAUAUUGAAAUACUAAAUGUCGUUUCGAUUUUAU